AUGGCACUGGAUACAUCUGAACUGAAAGAAGAUUGCAAGAGACGCACUACACUGUCCAAGAUAAAGAAACUGAAGACUCUGAUGAACACCUACUGGAUGUUGUGUGACGCCGUACACCAGGCUAAUGACUUCUACUGCGACCAGCUGAUGGCCGUUAUGUUCUCCUUAUUCGUCCACGUCACUAUCAAGGCCUACUUCUUCUUCUUGUUCCUCAGAGCUGGUGAGGUGUUCGCUAUGAUUUCAGAGGCAGCCUGGGUCCUAGUUUACAUCUGCUAUGCUGUUCUACUAGUGAACUCAGGCACAUACGUUACUAAAUCGGCUGAUGAAAUGAGGCUGGUGAUUAGCCAGUUUGUAAACAAAAAUCUGAACCCAAGCUUAAGGAAACAGCUGGAAGUGUUUCUGCUGCAUUUACUUCAUCACAAUUCAAAAUUUUCCGCUCGCGGGUUUUUCCAGAACUACAACGAGACUCUCACAUCGAUGGCUGGAGCGGUGACAACUUACCUGGUGAUACUUAUCCAGUUCCAGACCGAGCGACAAACUAUCUAGACUAGAGAAACGGUUUUUGGUAUUAAGCUUUUUAUAAGAUGUUACACAGAGUCACUUAUAUUACAUAUUCUACUAUCAAGAAGUUGUAAUUUCCUUCUCAAGUAUUUCACUUGUAGAUCCACACAAAAUUCAGCAUAGCGAUCUGCAUAUUACUAAUAUAACUAGUACACCAAAAUUAUAAAAUUGUAAUUAAA